UUCCAAUCUUUGUUGUUUUCUCUGAGAAGAUGGAUUAUGGGUCCGAUCUUUUCUUCAUUUUCUCAUCUGGGCAUUUCUCUCUUCUCAGAAUGCCCCACUGUGUGUGUGUGUGUGUGUGUGUGUGUGUGUGUGUGUGUCAGUCAGCCAGUGUGUGUGUGUGUGUGUGUUUUUCUUUUGUCUUUCUCUUCUGGGAUAAGUUGAGAUUUAACAGAUGUGAUCUCAAAUUAUUCAAGACAGUUUCUCUCUUGUUUCCAUUUUCCAAAUUCUUGGUGGAAAAAUGUAAAUUUAUCUUCCCAAAAAAAUCUCAAAUUCUUGGCUUUUCUGGUUCAUGGUCAAGAACACUAAUCGGUGUGAUGCUUUAAAGUUGAGAUGUAACUGGUGUGAUCUCUCAUAAUACAAAACAGUUUCUCUCUUGUUACAAAUUUCCAAAUUCUUGGUAAAAAAAGUGAAUUUAUCUUCCUAAAAUCUCAAAUUCUUGGCUUUUCUGAUUCAUGGUCAAGAACACCACUCGGUGUGAUGCUUUAAAGUUGACAUUUAACUGGUGUGAUCUCAAAUAAUACAAGACAGUUUCUCUCUUGUUUCCAUUUUCCAAAUUCUUGGUGAAAAAAGUGAAUUUAUCUUCCUAAAAUCUCAAAUUCUUGGCUUUUCUGGUUUAUGGUCAAGAAGAUUAAUUGGUGUGAUGCUUUGAAGUCCAAAUCUUAUCUUUUCACAAUCUGAUCUUCUGUUGGAGGUGGUGAGUUUUUUUGGCCUAAUGUCAACAUAAGGAAUCAUCUUGAUGGUUUUUUCCUUGCUUAGCUGGAUAAAUGUCGGCUUGAUCUUAUCAAACGAAAAAGUAUUCUUGGAUACUGUUUGGUCUUAUAUGGAUGUGCAAUUUUGUGAUAAAGUUAGCUAGAUUUUUUCAUACUUCUCAAAUUAGGACAGUUUCGGAUUAUAUGACCUCCUCUCAGAGGCUUGUGUGUUUGCUUUUCUUGUUUGAAGAAGGUGGUUCUUGAAUCUUUCUAGUUUGUAGAAAACUAUGUGAAAUGCUUUGGUUUAAGGAUUUUAUAUUUGUGGUGAAGUUUGUGAGGAGUGAUGUCUAUUGCAGGAUAGAACUGUUUGUUUCGUCAUGAUGUUCUUUGAAUUUCUGUGUAAUCUUUGAGUUUUGGAAUAUGAUGUGUUAGUAUGUUUGAUUUUGUAUUCGGAAGAGAGGAUAGUGCGAAGAAAACUAUGCGAAAUGCUCAUGAUUAUUCGUCUUAGGAUUUCAUAUCUGUGGUGAAGUUUGUGCGAGUAAUGUCUAUUGCUGUAUUGCAGGUAUCCACUGUUUGUUUCUUCAUGAUUUUCUUUGAAUUUCUGUGUAAUCUUUGAGUUUUUAAUUGUGAUGCAGCAUGUUCAGUUUUGGAGGAUUUUGAGCUUCUUUAUGCACAAUGCUAACUUGUGUUGUUUUCAGUUCAAGGUGAGUCAGAGCAACUAUGCAGUGCAGUAGCUACACGCCCGUGCAUUGCCACGCGAGAGAUCUGAAUUCCGGUGCAGGUGGCUAUUCUUGGCACCUGUAUGGAGAAGAAAGAGGCUACAACGACACCAUUUUUGUGCCAUCGUCUGAUCAGUACUUAGGUUAUGACAAGGGAAUGGUGAAACAGAUCAUACAGAAUCACGAAGCCACGUUCAGGUUUCAGGUUCAGGAGCUGCACCGGUUACACGGAAGGCAGAGGGACUUGAUGGAUGAAAUGAGAGUGAGACAGCAUUUACUGUCUCAAACAUCAGAAUUAAUCUAUUCCUCGUCUCAUUCCGGGGUCGGAAUUCCUCAUAGGCCUUCUCCUGCAAUAGACUGGCUUCUCGGAAAUCUUUCACCUCGUGAGUUGUCUGAGCUAACAUCAAGGAACGUUCAAGGGCCUAAACGUUUCGUUGCAGAGAGCUUUCUGAGACCUGCAACUCUACAAUCCGAGUGUAGCAUAAGAAGACAUAGCAGCGAACGAAGUGGAAUUGUCGACCUUGAUAUUCCAGCUCGUAUGUACCAAGACGAUCAGGUGAAGCAGUUCAAAGCACCCGAGUUGACAUGUCGUACCCCUGAGAAAAUAUCCGACUUCCAGCAUGCUACUCGUUCAGACUUUGGUUUGACUAAAACAUGGGAUUUGUCGAGAUCCAGUUCAGAUAUCAGGCAAACGUAUUGUUUCAUUGAUUUGAACGAGCCCAUAGAGCCGGAGUCAUUGCCUACAAGUUCAUCUGAUCCUCUUAAAUCGUUCACUGGUCUCGAUAUUGAUUUGAAUUCGUUGCCAUCCUCUGAGACGGCUUUUGAAGACGAACCGAUUGUACAGAACGGAGGCAGUGACAGUUUCUUGAAAACUGAAGGUUACAUCGACUUGAACAGUAGCGUAGCAGACGAGCAUCUGGCUCCAUCGAGCUCCUCUACUCCUGAGCAAAGAUCGUUGAAGGGACCAGUGAGCCCGGAGAACGAGGAGCGUUCGCCUCCAAGAGGAGAAUCUGAAGAUAUUCAACUGGAAUCAUCGGAAGAGCCAUUCGUGGAACUCGAUAACACCACUGCUGCAGAGACUCUGGUCACGAUUUUUUCCUCGGGAGUCGAGGUAGACGCUGAUGUUCUCGAUCCACUAGCAAACUUCAGAAACCUGUGCUGGUUUGCUGAAGUGGUCAUGAAACUCGAGACGGAUGCAACGGAGGAAAACACUCUAAACUCGUCUCGUUUUAGUAAACGCUCUUCCGGGAAGGGCAAGAAGAGGGGGAAGAAGGGCUUCAAACCGGGCAGCGCGAAAACAAGGAAACAAUCCAAGUUAUCAAUGAGCUCGAUCUUGAAGCAGUCCGGUGGUGCUGUCGUGCGGAGCUGGGGAGGGACGAGGAGACGGCAAGGAGGCCGGAGGCGUAGGGAUAGUCGAUUCUUGCUUGUGAUGGUUUGAUUGUAGGACAUGUUGCACAUUGUUAAAAUUAGAUUCUUGACUGGAUGAUGUUGAUGUACAUAUACAAAUGAAUCAGUCUUGCUGCUGUGAUUGAUUUGUUCAGUUAAUUGAGAUUAAUUUGUUCUAA